UUGAACAGAAACACACUCCCCCUGACACCAUGAGCUACUACGGCAGCUACUACGGAGGCCGCGGCUACGGCUGGGGCGGCUUCGGGGGCCUGGGCUGUGGCUAUGGCUCCGUUGGGGGCCUGGGCUGUGGCUAUGGCUACAGAGGCUAUGGCUGUGGCUGCUGGCGCCCGUCCUGCUGCGGGGGAUACGGAUACUCUGGCUUCUACUGAAAUCCUGCCCAGCAGCUCAGCCUCUGAACGUACAAGGGACUUCCUCCCACGUUUGAUCUAA